CGGAGGGGGCGUCGCUGUAGCUGCCGCCGCGUUGGGCCUGCCGGGCCGGGCCGGGGCUGGCCAUGGAGGCGAAGAAGAUGAACCUGCCGCGGGGCCCCGAGAACCUUUGCUUUGACAAGGACGAGUUCAUGAAGCCGGAUUUUGAUGUUGACCACUUUGUGUCAGACUGCAGGAAACGUGUGCAGCUGGAAGAGCUCAGAGAGGAUCUGGAGCUCUACUACAAACUCCUUAAAACUGCUAUGGUAGAACUUAUAAAUAAGGACUAUGCAGAUUUUGUUAAUCUCUCAACAAAUCUGGUUGGCAUGGACAAGGCUCUUAAUCAGCUUUCAGUACCCUUGGGACAGUUAAGGGAAGAAGUUAUGAGUCUGAAGUCUUGUGUCAGUGAAGGAAUUCAAGCAGUAGAUGACCGGAUGACUAAACAAGAAGAUAUUAGAAGAAAAAAGAUGUGUGUUCUGAGACUUAUUCAUGUUAUUCAGUCUGUUGAGAAAAUUGAGAAGAUUCUACAUUCCCAAGGCACUAAAGAAUUGUCCUCAUUAGAGGGAAACAGCCCACUUUUAACUGGACAGGUUUUAGAGAGAAUUGCCACAGAAUUUAAUCAACUACAAUUUCAUGCAGUACAAAGCAAAGGAAUGCCCCUUUUGGACAAAGUGAGACCACGUAUAGCUGGAAUAACAGCUAUGUUGCAGCAGUCUCUGGAAGGGCUGCUCUUGGAAGGCCUUCAGACUUCAAAUGUUGACAUAAUACGUCACUGUCUUCGCACUUAUGCAACAAUUGACAAAACACGAGACGCAGAGGCAUUAGUUGGUCAAGUGCUUGUAAAACCUUAUAUAGAUGAGGUGAUUGUGGAACAGUAUGUUCAGUCUCACCCUAAUGGCCUUCAGGCUAUGUAUAAUAAACUAUUGGAGUUUGUUCCUCAUCAUUGCCGUCUCUUGCGUGAAGUAACAGGUGGAGCUAUUUCAAGUGAAAAAGCAGAUAUUGUUCCUGGAUAUGAUUUCUUAGUGAAUUCAGUGUGGCCAGAAAUAGUACGUGGUUUAGAAGAGAAAUUGCCAUCACUGUUUAACCCUGGAAACCCAGAUGUGUUUCACGAGAAGUACACUACUAGUAUGGAUUUUGUACAGAAAUUUGAACGACAGUGUGGCUCCCAGGCUAGUGUGAAACGGUUAAGAUCUCAUCCUUCUUACCACAGCUUUAAUAACAAAUGGAAUUUGCCUGUAUAUUUUCAAAUAAGAUUCAGAGAAAUAGCUGGAGCCUUAGAAGAAGCACUUUCAGACACAUUAGAGGAGGCACCAGCUGGCAGCUCAUACUGUCUUUUGGCCACUCACAUGGUCUGGAUGAGUCUUGUGAAGUGCUGGUCAGAUCAAAUGUUUUUACCAUUAUUAGCACACCGUCUGUGGAAACUUAGCCUGCAGAUUUUGGCACGCUACUCUGUGUUUGUUGGUGAGGUUUCUGUAAGGCCAAUUUCCAGUGAGAAUACAAAGGAAAGCAAAAAAUCUGUGCCAGCUGGUAGAAAGGAGUCUUCUGUAAGCCUCAGUCCUAGCAAGGACCAAGGAAAUGGGUCUUCUCCAGAAAGUCAGCCAUUGCCUUCUAUAUCUAGUACUCAGUUGGUAUAUCUUGCUGCAGAUCUGGACAAACUCCAGGAUCAGAUUCCUGACAUCUUAGAAAUGAUGAAUCCAAAACUUGAAAUGAUCGGCUUCAAGAAUGUAUCUUGUAUUGCAGGAGCCUUGGAAGACUCAAAGACUUCUUUAUUGGCCUGCGUGCCUACUUUGAAUAACAGGAUUAUCCAGGAUCUCAGUGAGUCCUCCUUCACUUACCUGAAGAGUGCACUGGAAGUUCCAAGAUUGUACAGGAGAACCAAUAAGCAUACACCAUAAGAUGCAGUGCUGCUGAGUUGCAGACUUCUUUUGGGAGUAUGACACUUCUGCCUGCUCUGGUAAGAAACUUCUUCCCAGUGAGCUAGUUGCUUGGAUUUCAUUAAAGAAGUAUCUUGCACAGAAGGAACGAGAUGAGAAUGGCUAAAAAAAAAAAAGGGGGGUUGGGGAAAAAGAGUAAUCUGUUGAGAAACUAAUAAAAAGUAAUGAUAAAUUACGGUGCCAAACCCAAUUGUCUGAUCUUGGCUUGUUCUGCUACUGCAACUUGCCUUUGCCAGUCUGUCUGCACUGUCGUGUUGGUGGUUAGCUUGGUGUCAUUCAGAUAGCAGAGAAAAAGUUGAGUAACAGGAACCACAGACUUCAGCGUUCUUACCUAAUGUGAACACAGAAGGCAGGCUGCAAUCGGCAAGGCCACAAUUCUUUCCCAUUUACCCCUCUCCCCUUGAUCUUGGUUCCUGCUUGUUUGUGGGAUGUUUUUGGUUGGGGCUGGGGGAAAGGGGUUGCCUUGGCUUACUAAAAUCAAAAGCACUUUCCUGGCUAUCUUGAAGAAACUGUGCUGCCACCAGCAGUGCUGUACUUUUUCAGUGGGUAAAUGGGAAAAAUUACGGCUGUUAAAUCUACUUAUUUCAAGGAUAUUACAUUUUCUUUGGGUGCUAAACAUUUAGGGUAGGCUGGAAGAUAAUUGGUUCCUAAGGGAGUAGUUUAUUACUUCAUUUAUUCCUAGGUUUUCUCACUAUUCUAGUUUUAAGGACAUACUUACUCAGAAAUUGUAUUUAAAAACAAGAGACAACCUCAAGGCUAAUAAAUUAAUCUAUGUAGUGACUAGAUUGUUCUGUAUUUAAGAGAAUAUCUUUACCUGAAGUUAAGGAAAGAGUAGAACAAAGUAUGUUAAGUCCAAGGAAGGUGGAAAUUGCAGCAACCCUACAGUGCUUAGCUCAGUUAUCUGAAAGCAAACUCUACAUAGUGAUUUAGUGGACUGCCAUCAUCUCUGUUAUCUAUGGAAUUUUUAAGAGACGGUGAGCUAACUGUGCCUAAACAAAGACAUAGGACCUGGCCACCUUCAAGUCAUUCAAGUCGCUAGCUUGAGCUCUGUACUGCAUGAGUGCGACUGCAUUGCUCUCUUGGCCGUCAGCCUAACUGGCUUUAUGUGGUGUGGAGCCUGAACUGAUAAACAGCUGAGAGAUGACUUGGGUGGAGAAGGUACAUUAUUAUAGUCACAUUCUGGCAGCUUUAUUUUUACUGUGUUCUAAUACUUUGCUUUUUCAGCAGAAUUCUGAAUUUGGUAUGAGAAUAGUCUUUGUAGGAAUCAGGUUUGCUAAGACUCUUGCUUGCCAGGUUCUGAGAUUUGGAACUCUUUAAGAGGUUGAUGAGGUAUUUCAAGUGUCAGACAUUUAUUAUUUUUUUUUACCCUGGAUGUGUUCUGGUGCUCUGCAAUGCAUGAUGUUUCACCCAAGCUGUGUGUGGAUCAUCCCUGGAGAGAUGAAGCAUUCUGCAACCAAAACUGGUUGAGAAGAAGAUAGUAAGGGGAUAGUAGUUACCCCCAAAACAUUCUUCUAGAAAAUAACUGAGGGAGCAGGAUGGUAUAAGAACAGAAGGAGCAAUGUCUUCAGUUUAGUGAAGUAUAGUAUGAAAAAUAGGUAUUUUAACAAAGAUAUAAUAAUCUGUUGUGGACACCGAGUCUGCUUAGCUUUCUCUGAAAUCAGCAUAAGCAGAAAGUGCAUUCAGGAUCAUGCCCUCAUAAUAGGAGCGGCUGGCUGGCACGUGCAUCUCUCAAAAAGCUUUGGUCAUUUUGAACCUUGUUCUAUAUUAUGUCACAUUGUAUGACACUAAUGAAUGAUUUUGUGAUGGUGUUUUUUCCUAUGUCUGACCUAUUUUUCAUUGGUCUGUCAUGAAUGGAGUGUGUAUCUGUUUGCUUGGGUGCAGGCUUAGCAUUUUAUGUAUUCGGUGUAGUAUUCGUUGUUGACGCUUUCAGUAAGUAUAUUACUGGUUCUUUUUCCCCACCUUGUUUCCCUGUCAUC